AAUAACGAUGAUUUAAAUAAUUUAUCCCGUACCUCAAAAGGGAAAAAAAAAAAAAAAAAAAAGAAUAUUCCCCUAGAAAAGUCUAGCAGAAACAAAGAAUAUCCCAAGAUCCCAAACGACCCGAUCAAAAAACCCAGACCUCAAAAAAUAUCACUGUUGCCUUCAAAAGCUGAGAAACUCCUUCAUCCAAAAACUCAGGAAACCCCAAAAAUAGAAAAGAGAUGGGUGUUGUAAUAAUCGACGGAACAACGGUGCGCUCCUUCGUAGAAGACGAACCCCAAUUCAACGAAAGCGUCGAAAAGACUUUCGCCGCCUUCGAUCUGAACGGUGAUGGCACCCUCUCUCGCUCCGAAAUCCGCACGGCGUUCGAAUCGAUGCGACUAAUCGACGUCGACGCCGACGGCCAAACUCCGGCGCAGCUGACAGCCCUUUACGAUUCAAUUUUCGAGGGAUUUGAUAUCGACCACAGCGGCACCGUAGAUCUGGAGGAAUUUCGAUGUGAGAUGAAGAAGAUAAUGCUUGCUAUUGCUGAUGGAUUGGGUGAGUCGCCUAUUCAGAUGGCGCUUGAAGGUGGGAGUGAGAAUUUGCUUCAGAAAGCUGCUGAUCUUGAGGCUUCUAAACAGGAAGGAGCUCAAAAGUCGGCAUAGUUUUGUGGGAGUUGGGGGUUGCAUACUUGCAUGUUAGGUGUUUGUGUUAAUGCCUGAAUGAGUAUGUUUUUGUUGGGGCUUUUUUCUUUAGUGUUUGUGAUUAUGUAAUAAUCCGAGUUAAUUUGUGCAGACUGCAGAGUGGGAUGUUUGUCCGAGUAAUGAGUAUGUAUGUAUGCUGGUUUGUGAAAUUGCAAUAAAGUUAUACAAAUCUACAAUGUGACAAUGAUUCAAAAGUCCA